AUGAAUGGGCCCACGCUCUUCGUUAUUGUCAAAGGGAGCUCUGUCUACGUCACUGGUCAACCCAGAGAAGAUGCAGCUGAGGUGCACCUGGCUCCAGGGGCCCAGCCCUGGGCAUGUGACUGGGACGUUGUGGUUCCAGUUCAACCAUCCCAGCCCUGCAGUCGUGCUGCAGAAACCCAAGCUGUGGGACAGAAGGUGGCUUGUGACAAGGUUGUAUCAGGAGCCACAAGAAGCCACGCAGCUGCUUGGUGCCUCUGGCCAACACUUUGCUCUGAAGAAACCGUGCUUGACCCGAAUACAGAGGGAGCCAAGAGAGACGUGAUGCUGCCUGUGACCCAUGUGCUGGCCUUAGGCACUUGGCUGGUGUCACAGAGUGAGGCUACACCAAGUGCCCCCACAAUCUCCAUCUUCCAGAAGCCACCUGGGGUGAUCCCACCUGGGGGUUCAAUCACCAUCUCAUGCAUUUGCCAGCGUAGCUAUGGCAGUUUUGUGCUGUACAAGGGCAGCCGCCGGCUCCUGGAGCAGAGUGGCAGCAGGGCCGAGUUCUCCAUCUCUCAUGCCACCUACAAGGAUAGAGGUAGCUACAACUGCCAUUACCUGGAGGGAGGCACUGUGCUGGCUCGAAGUACUGAGCUGGAAGUCCUUGUGGAAGAGCUCCGUCUGCCCAGACCCAACCUCUCUGUCCUGCCUGGGCAGAGGGUGACUCCGGGAGCUGAUGUGAAGUUCCGCUGCACCACCACACACCCCAGCACCGGCUGUUACCUGUACCUGGAGGGCCAGAUCCGAGCCCAGCUACUCCCCAGGGAACGAGGUGACUACAACCUCUCCCUCGUGCAGGAAGGUGACAGUGGCCGCUACAGCUGCCAGUGCUACACCUUCAGUGCUUCGAUAGAAUGGUCUGCUGUCAGCAACACCCUGGACUUGGUGGUGAGAGAUUACACGCUGUGCAACACCGUGCGCCUGGCGCUGGCGGCCGGGCUGCUGCUCCUGUUGGGGCUCAUUACGGCUGAGGCAGCGCGGAGCCGCUGCUGCCGGGGCUGGGGGAACUGCCCGCUCCCCGCGGGCAGCGCUGCCCCGCCGGGCACCGCCGCGGGACCGCCGCGGUUGUUCCCCUGCAGCCACCCGCGCCGGGAUGAAUAAACCCUUCCUGUUGCUAUCCCUGUCCCGGUCCUGGCUGCCUCGGGGGUCCCGCGGGGCGGGCGGGCGGUGGUGGAACACCCAGGAACACGCAGAGGGGUGGGGUUUUCGCCCUUGGGCAGCGCGGUGACCGCUGCACUGACCGCUCCUGCUGUGCACUGACUGCUGUACUGACAGCUCCUGCUGGGCACUGACCGUUGCUCUGACUGCUGCACUGAUUCCCUGGCCACACAGUGACUGCUGCACUGACUGCUCUUGCUGCACAGUGACCACUCCACCGACCACUCUACUGACCACUCCUGCCACAGAGCAACUGCUCCAGCCAUGUUGUGCCUGCUCCUGCAUGGUGACUGCUCCUGCUGCACACUGACCACUCCACUGACCUCACCUGCUGCACAGUGACCACACUGGCCAUGCAGUGACUGCUCCCACACAGUGACCAGUGCACUGGCCUCUCCCACCAUGCAGUGACUGUUCCUGCUACCCCACUGCACAGUGAUUGCUCCCACUGC